AUGCCCUACGCCGAGAAUGCAUAUCUGCAUCGAGCCUCCGCGGUCCUCGUCUUGCUUGCCUCCAAUACAAUGUUUGUACCGGAUCCAGCGUCUCCCCGCGGACGAACAAUCCUGGCGCUUUGUACCACGCGGCUCAUUGGAGUCAUGGUGGCGGUAAUCGUCAUGGAAAUGUCCGGGAAAUGUCUACGGCAGACGGUAUUUGAGGACCAGGACGCAUUCAAUACAUUGGCAGUGACAACCAUCCUCACAAACAUCAAGGCCAGCCUGGUGAUUGUCUUUCUCCUGGCAGACGCCGUAGGAAGCCUAGCCAAUAGCAGAACCUGGCUAGAUGUCACGAAGUCCUACGAAGUACUGCAACAACUGGAAGGAGAUGAUUCUCCCUACGUCACUUCCGAACAGAAAAUGGCAGAACAAGUGUUUGAAGAAACUGUGCGAGGAUUCCAGGCAGUCUUUGCCGGUGGAACCCUCAACCUAACUCUUUUCAUUUCCUUCGUUCUGUCAAGCAUUGCACGGCUCUCCAUUCUUGAUGUUGUAGAAUUGAAGGUUACGUUCGUUGAAGGUCUAGUGGGAGUGGCUUCGUUGACAUUGAUCUUUCUCACACUCAUUGCGUUGGGCUUUCUCCAAGCCCACCAAGGGGCUGAUCUUGCCACUUUGAAUGCAUUUUUCACUUCCAUGUGGCUUUCGGGGUUCGUCAGUGUCGUGGGCUGUGGAAUCAUUGCAAGAUCCAUAUCCAAGGGUUGUCACCCCGACUUCGAACAAAGGUCGGAGCGUGAACAAGGUGAGGGCGGACCACUUCUCUUGGUGGGUGGGUAG